GGCUGACUUUUAUUUUACACCUCACUUUCACUCAUCCCUAACUCAGUGCGUGUCAGCUUCAUCGAGUGCAGCGAGAAGAGUUGAACUUGACAAAGUGGGGGCUGUCACGAUCACAGCUCCAAUUAAAACAAUCCCUGGAGUGAACAUAAAGGGAGCAGUGGAAGUGGGGAUUUAGAGAACGAAGACGGGCGAAGAAAGGCAAAAAAAGAUUCCAGGUGUCGCGAUGGAAGCGCGCGGCGUGUGAUUGGGAGAACUGCUCCUUUUUUUUUCCUCCGUUUUCUUCAACACCCAAGCGGAUUACACAAGUAAACACUUCAACGUGGACGUAGAACCACAUUUUGUUCGUCACACUUGACGGGUUGAGUCAGCACCAUGAACGUGUCAUCGCCAGACAGACGGAAAACCGUGCGCGACCUGGCUUUGGAGAUUGGGGUCCGAGUUAUGCUCUUCGGAGUUUUUGUAUUUACUGAAUUCUUGGAGCCCUUUGAGCGAGUCAUCCAACCUGAGGAGCUUUGGCUCUACAAGAAUCCGCUGGUUGAGUCCGAUCAUAUUCCCAAAAGGGUCAUGUUCGCAAUCUCCUUCCUUACUCCACUGGCGGUGAUAUUUGUGGUGAAGAUAAUUCAGAGGACAGACAAGACAGAAAUCAAAGAGGCAUGCUUAGCUGCUAACAGUCUCCUUUGCUCAAUUCCUUCUCCUACAAAAGUGGUACAGAUGGAAAGAAUGAGGAAAAUACGAAAAAUGUCAAAUUGCCACUCUGCUGCCAUCGCCAGACAUGUUUGCCACACGGGGCUCUUCUGUUCGGCAAUAGAGGCAAUCUCCUUCCUUACUCCACUGGCGGUGAUAUUUGUGGUGAAGAUAAUUCAGAGGACAGACAAGACAGAAAUCAAAGAGGCAUGCUUAGCAGUGUCGCUGGCUCUCGCCCUGAAUGGAGUUUUCACAAACACUAUCAAGUUAAUUGUUGGCAGACCAAGGCCUGAUUACUUCCAGCGCUGUUUCCCAGAUGGACAAGUGAAUGUAAAAAUGCUGUGCACCGGGGAGCCACAUCUGGUCUCAGAAGGUCGCAAGAGUUUUCCCAGCAGCCAUUCCUCUUUUGCAUUCUCCGGGCUUGGAUUCACUUCCUUCUACCUGGCGGGCAAACUGCAGUGCUUUACUGAUCAGGGCCGAGGUCGUAGCUGGCGCCUCUGUGCCAUGGUGCUGCCCCUCUACAGCGCAAUGAUGAUCGCUUUGUCCAGGACCUGUGACUACAAGCACCAUUGGCAAGAUGCCUUUGUCGGAGGAGUGAUCGGGCUAUUGUUUGCAUACAUCAGCUACCGCCAGCACUACCCCCCGUUUCUGCACGCCGACUGUCACCUUGCCUACGCCAGCCUGGCUGCCACCACACACACAUCUCUGCAUCCUCAAGAGGAUCAGCGGCCCACUGACAAUGCCACGACGCUCCCCUUGGAGGGCUUGACUGAAGCACCACUAUGACUAGUGGCCACGACCGAGACUUCUCACAACACCCCCAGCAAGCCAAUGAGCCCACCUCCACAUUCCCACUGACUACAUGGCUCUUAUGUACAUUCCAGUGGACAGUAAGCCACUCUCCUCUGUUCUCUUAAUUUUAUGUUUCGUGUCAAUUACUUUCUUUUUUUUUUUGUGUGUUUUAUACUGUUCUUGCUUAGCAGCUGUGAAAGUCCAGAUGUUGAUCUGAUAUAUGUUAUGAACUUAAGAAUAGGAAACAUGACUAUUACAAGGUGGAAACAAAUAAACAUGGGAAAAGCUGAGAGAAUGGUUUGGAUAAAGGCGUAGUAAUGACUUUUUUUUUGUUGUCAUUAGAAACAACUUAUUCGGAAAUGUAUCUGUCAAGAAGUGGUCGACUGCAUCUUUAGGAUGUUUUGCAUCGCUUCACUAAUUGAAAAGGAGUAAUCAUGCCUUGAGUGUGUAGUCAUGUUUUUGGUGCUCAUGGUAGUAAACGCAACACAUAUGUCCCAAAGCAAGUACAAUGGGAGUCAUUGAAAAAGCUUUUCCCCCAAGGGAGCUUGAUGGUAAGCUCGCACUAGACGCUUUAGCGUGCAGGUGUCAAACUCAGAUCCAAGUUUGCUGCUAAUCUUUCUUGACUUCUCUUCAAAACUUAGAUCAUCAAAUUCUGAGGGAAAUUGUUUAAUAUGAUGUGGAAAUGAUAAGGGGUAAAUGUAUUCAGACUCAGAUGAGUUGGUACGGAACAUAUUAGGUCAGGGACAUGAAGUGUCGAUUGAUUUGCACUCUGGCACAUCUAAUGUGAAAACAAACACACUCCAGCUUGGCUUCUGGCUUCAGGCCGUCAUGGCUACUGAUGUUUUUGUUGAAUGGAAACAUCAGUGCAUUAUGAAAAAAAACAUAAUAAUAACAGCUGCUAUUGUUGUUGCAGCAUAAUAGUUUAGACUGGUGAAACUAUUACUGCUCUGAAUCUUUCCUUUCCUAAAACGAAGAACAGUGGAUGAAACAAAAAGAAUAUGUGAUGCAUCAAACUAAAUUUUGGCAAAGCCUUUAUACACCAAGUGAUUAUAAAUUCGCAUGAUUUUACAGUUAAAUGGCCUGCUGAGGACAACUCUAACUGUGAUGAAAACAGGCGCGACACUCCUGCUUGAGCAUCUCGUUCUGUAAUCACUUAUCAGGAACACCAUGAAACCACUUCAAUAUAAUUUACAUCUGAAAGCUAUUGGAUAUUCACACACUAUGAAUCAUUACCAAACAGUUCACAUGUUGCAUUCAUUUAAUUGAAUACAAAAAUCUUUGGAGUGUUUUUUUUUUUUUAUUGUUAGAGUUAGAGGUGAUUUGAGUGGAUCUUCAUUUUAAUUUCAACCCCCGAAGCUGCUUUGGAAAAUCAUAUUUAAAAAUAGCUACUCUGAAUUACGACAUGGCAAUAACGAUGAAGUCACCAUGGCAACACAAGAACGAAUGUAGAACCCUUAAACUUGGAGGGCAGUACAGUAGAUAUUUUACUCAAACCUACUUAUCCAGCAUAUUGUCAUUCUGCAUUUUCUCUAUCGUUGUCAUAUUUUAAAAAUGCUGUCUUGUAUCUCACCUCAUUGUUCCAGACUUCCUCCCACAAACCCUCAAUUCCCAUUCGACCGUGUCUCAUUAUCAAACUUUAUUUCGGAUUCUUUAUUUAACAUGUGCCCAAUGGUUACACACGAACAUAAACGGUUACUCAGUAAUAGCUGAAAUCAAUAAGAAGCAGGUAGGAAUUGGCAGGCAGGAAGUUAGUCUUCGUUAAAAAAAAAAAAAAAAAAAAA